CAAACUAAUGCACAAGCCAUUUUAAAUUCUGAAAGAACGCGAAAAAAAAGGAAGAGCAUUGGGACGUCCCGGGAAUUGUAAUUUUAAGAUGGUAGCGUUGAGUUGAAGGACCGCGGUUGGAGAGUCCGACAAUCAAGUUUUAGAGUGUUCCUAGAAAGAGCUGGAGGACUGCUUUAGGAGAGUCAGUCAGAGUCACUAUGUGCCUUCGUAUAUUAGCGGCCUACCCGGAUCAGGUGUCGGCCAUCAAAAGGGCUAAACCAGUAAGACAAUAGCUGCAAUAUAGCAAAUCAGAGCGAGCGGACACAACAACAGGAGCAACAUAAAUUCAACCAAAACAUAAAUUCGAUGGAACGUUCCCACAAACCUGAGCUAUCCGCCGCAAUUGUUGCUAGCGAGCACAAAAAACAGUUCGUUAAAACAGGUUGAGUGAUAGGAUGCUUUGCGGCUUAUUAAAGAAUCCUUUAUGCACCCUUUAACAUAUACAUAUGCAGAAUCCUUUAACAUAUACAAGACAUAUGUUUUCCAUUUUGGUUUUCCUUUAAGAGAUUACACAACGAUAGAAUUUUCAAGUUUUCAAAAAACAUAUUGGGCCUUAGGAUACCUUAGUAUUAUAUAAAUAACCUGUCAAGAUUUCAAUCUCCUAACCAAUUUCCAACUGACCUAUUUCCAAUAUAUACCGGGCGCCUUACAGUACCGACCCGCGCUACGAAAACUGUUAUCGCGUUUUUCUCGACACAAAAUUUUUAAAGUUGGCCGGUAAGACUUUUCAAAGUUUUUAUCCGAUUGGUCCCAAAUUUGUUUUGCAGAUUCAACAAUACCAUUUCAAUGGAAGAACGAAGGGUUUUUUUGUAAUUGAAAAUUGAAAAUGACAAUGUUGUUAUAGUCCCUUUUUUUAGUGAUAUUGGUGUAAAUAUAAAAAAAUGUAAUUUAAGAUACGUAUAUACUUUAUAAUUAAGAACUUAAACAAGAGAAUGGCUGUCCAAAAACAAAGAAUUAUUUGAUUCAAUUUCAAAACUAAUUCAAAUAUAAUUAUAAACACUACAACUCUUGUCAUAACUAAGAAAAACUUUUAGCCCCAUACCCCGUGUGAGGAUUAAUCAAAGUACUGUAUAGCCGUUUCACUCGCACUAUUCAACGCUUAUUAUGUUAAAAUUAAAAUAAGUGACUUAAGUCAACGAAUGGACUACCUUGUAUAAUUGUAUCAUGCACAGAACGACCACGCUACCAAAACCACCAGCGGCGUCAACGUCUUUCGAAAUUUUCGAGGACACAGAACUCAUGUUUGCUGAGUACCUCGACGAAAGUCAACCAAGCAUCUCAUUCGACCAGAGCAUGUUGGAGGACCAAGAGCUACAGCUGCAGAAGGGACUAGAGGACAUGGAGAAGGAGAGUUCCAGCUCAUAUUCCUAUAAGCCAUCCACUAAGAAGCGCAAGACUGCGGCGGCUGAGAGCUGUGCCCUAACACAGAAAUUUACGGAGUACGUCGACUUGCAGAAGUCCAUAGUAUCCCAGACCACAAACGUUCCGACGGUGGUCACCUACUGGGGCGAAAUAAUGAAAGAGCUGCCGCAAGAACUGAAAGAUGAAGCGGAACAGCAUGUAAAUUUAUGUUAG